AUGGCGUCUCAAUCCCCAAAACCACUCUCAUCAAACAGAAUCUCCGAAACCUCUGGAUCUCACUCAUCUUCGGAGAAAAUCUCCGAACCCUCUCGAUCUCACGCAUCUUCAAAGAAAAUCUCCGGACCAUCUCGUUCUCACCCAUCUUCGUUCGAACCUUCAACGAGCGUAAACUACACGGCGACUGGUUCAAGCUACAAUGUCCAAGACUCAUGGAUAUCUUCUGUAUCAAGCCGAACCUCCUUAUCAAGCCUACGCGAAACCCUAUCAGAAAACCCUCAUAUUUACGACUUCUCCGAGAUCAGCUCAGCCACAAACAACUUCUUAGCCAAACGCUACUCUUCGUCCUCAUCCUCUGCUUCAUGGCGUUGUACGAUUCGCGCGAAUGAUGUGAUCGUUUUCCAGAGGAGUUUUCGCCGUCAAAUUGAAGUAUCAGAGCUCCGAGAACG